UCAAAGAUGUCAGCGCCCAUCAGUGGCAUCUAAGUUUCAAUAACAAAUUGUGUGUACAACUAUAAGGCAAAAUGUCAAUAUUGACAGAAUCUAUUGAAAUUGAGCUAGGAGCAUCAGAACCCUGGCCAAGAGAUGCACAGCUGUAUGAACCACUUGAGACUCAAAUGUUGCUUCCUGACAUAGUGAGAUGUCGUGCCGUAGAAGCGUUUCUCAACAUGUGUCACUUGGAUUUUGAGGUUGUACACCGUAAGAAUGCGGAGGACAUGUCACCAUCUGGUAUGGUGCCAUUUGUGAGGUGCGGUGCAUUCAUUAUUUCGGAGCUGGAGCCGAUUGUUGGAUUCUGUGGAACGAAGGGUCAUGCAUUGACUGAAGACCUUUCACCUAGGGACGUGGCAGACAUGAGAGCAUACAUGGCUCUUCUCGAGAACACCUUCGGUAAUGCUGAGCUGUACAUGUGUUGGAUGGAGGAUACUGUCUACCAGCAGUUCACUAGACCUAGUCAUGAGUCGAUCUACCCAUGGCCAUUGGGCCAGCUGCUCACCAUUCAAAAGCAAAGGCACACCUGCCAGAAACUGAAAUCUCUCGACUGGGCAGAAAAAUCUACACUAGAGGUAAUAGAAGAUGUCACGGAAGCUUGUCAGGCCAUUUCCGAAAAACUUGCACGCAAAGACUUCUUCUGUGGUGAAACUCCGACCGAGUUGGAUGCUCUUGCUUAUGCCCAUCUUCACACUAUGCUGACAGUCAAAUUCUCGGACGACAGGUUGGCGGAGGCUGUGAAACAGCAUGAAAACCUUGUGAAAUUCGUAGAGAGAAUCACAGAAACGUUCUUUACUCAACAUUAGGGAAUUGUGCUACAUGUGGAAAACUAAAUUAACGCUCUUUCUCAUACAUGUGGUUUAGACUGUAAAAAUCGAGAAAAUUCAUUGCUCAAGUUUGGUUUUCCAAUGCAUUUCGUGUCAGUGUAAGUGCAGCUGCACUCAGACAAGUUUUUGAAAAUACUAGUCAACAUAACACAUGUUGAACUACAAUGUUACCAUUUAUUCUUGCUCUUACUGUGUGCCACCUAGCAGAAAGAUAAUAAUACUAAAGCUUCAUGGAAAAUUCAGGUUAAUCAUGAUGGAAUGGCCCGCUCUCUCAAUUUUUGGCCACUUGUGCAGUUUCUUGAGAAGCAAUUAUAAAUAUGUUAGCACAUAUUUAAUGAGCCUGUCAUGCAUCUCUCUUGCUAGGAUAAAUAAACUUAUUUUACAAAUUA